UCUGUGUCAUUUUGCUGCUCCUAUGUGCUUGGAUACAGAUUCAGCGAUGAUGAAGACAAAAUCUAUCAGCUGGAAUUCUCUGUGUGUAAAAUCAUCGGGCUAGUAGAACCUGCCCCAAACCACCACUGGGCCAUUAAAGUGGUUUUGCCGAGGAGAGAGAAGCUCAUCAGUAGACACAAUGGCGGCCCCAAAGAAAGUCCUCUAUGCAGCGCCCCCGGAUGGAGGCUGGGGUUGGAUGAUUGUCGCCGGCUGUUUCCUCGUUACCAUCUGCACUAGGGCAGUCACCAGGUGUAUCUCCAUUUUUUUUGUGGAGUUCCAGACGCACUUCGCUCAGGAUUAUGCCCAAACUGCUUGGAUCCAUUCCAUUGUAGACUGUGCCACAAUGCUAUGUGCUCCACUUGGCAGUAUUGUCAGUAAUCAUUUAUCCUGCCAAGUGGGUAUCAUACUAGGAGGCUUACUUGCUUCUUCUGGACUCAUCCUAAGUUCGUUUGCCACCAGCCUGAAGCACCUCUACCUCACUCUUGGAGUCCUUACAGGGCUUGGCUUUGCCCUCUGCUAUUCCCCUGCCAUAGCGAUGGUGGGCAAAUAUUUCCACAAAAGGAAAGCCUUGGCUUACGGCAUAGCGCUGUCGGGGAGCGGGAUCGGAACCUUCGUCCUGGCCCCCGUCGUUCAGGUCCUGAUCGAACAGUUUUCUUGGCGUGGGGCGUUACUCAUCCUCGGUGGCUUUGUGCUGAACCUCUGUGUCUGCGGCGCUCUGAUGAGACCGAUUGCGCUCAGAGAUGAUCGCCAAAAUCCUGCCAAACAGGACCCCGUCUCCAAAGCCCACAAGCCCCACUUGCAGCACUUUUCUCUCUGCUCGCCUUUGGCCCAAGACUGGACUGGGACCAAUCGCUGCUGCCCGUCCCAGAGGGAGUACGGCUUUUUACUGAUGCCGGACUUCCUCGUGUUGGCCGUGUCCGUCCUGUUCAUGGCAUACGGCUGCAGCCCUCUCUUUGUGUACCUUGUGCCUUACGCGUUGAGCGUCGGAGUGACUCACCAGCAAGCGGCCUUCCUCAUGGGCAUCCUCGGGGUCAUCGAUAUCAUCGGAAAUAUCACCUUUGGGUGGGUAGCGGACCGAAGGUGUCUGAAGAGCUACCGACAUAUUUGUUACCUCUUUGCGGUGGGACUAGAUGGUCUCUGUUAUCUCUUUCUUCCGCUACUCCAGAGCUUCCCCCUCCUCGUGCCUUUCUCUUGCACCUUUGGGUAUUUUGACGGUGCCUACGUGACGCUGAUCCCGGUCGUCACCGCCGACGUGGUGGGCACCAGAUGCUUGUCGUCGGCCCUUGGCGUGGUGUAUUUCCUCCACGCGGUUCCCUACUUGGUGAGCCCCCCCAUUGCAGGGUGGCUGGUGGAUACGACUGGCAGCUACACGGCCGCCUUCCUCCUCUGCGGAUUUUCCAUGAUCUUCAGUUCAGUGUUACUCGGCUUUGCUCGACUCAUCAAGAGGAAGAAAAAAAGUCCUGCCCCAGAGCCCCACCCCAAACUGCGCCUCUGGAGUAAUGGAACCAUAGCUUAUUCUGUGGCAGGAGAAUUAGACCAGAAGGAAGGCGAGGUCGUGGCCCAAAAGGGGACCACUCAGGCCAACACAUGACGAAGACAGUAGCCCUCCCCGCCCUCCCUCCCCGCCCGCCAGCCUCCAAGCCUUCAGGAGUGUGAGAGCCAGGAUCGCCGCUCCGUCUGGGGAAGCUUUAUUUCGACCACCACCGAAGGAGCGAUGUCUUCUGUUACUUUUUAAAUAAAGAACAAGCAAACUGGUAUAUAAAGAACACAAAUCAUAAAAUAAAACUGGAUCCAUCAGCUAUCUUUCCUUCAUUCGAGCCGUACGCCGGCUCAUUUCUGAUUUGAUUCUUAGGCCAGCCGUGUGCAAAUGUGAAGAAGCUGCUACUAUAAUUGAAUGUAAUUAGAGGUAAUGAUUGGACAUUUAACAAGCAGGCCCCGCGGCAAAUGUACCGAAGGGCUUCUUACGGCGCCGAAGGCAGGUCGAGAGUUUUGAGAGACGACUGUUCCGAUCCCAUAAAAUGUAGUGGUGAAUAGAGAAAGAAGGGGACUUAACCCUUCCUCCUUCUGCCCCCACACUACCCCCUUCCCACCCCUGAACUGAACAACCAUUUGAGAAUGUCUUUACUGUAACUCCUAGAAGCCCGGUCCUAGACGCCUGGAGUUAAAAACACUUCACGAGAGACCCAACUCAAAUCGUGCUACCUACCAAACAACAAAAACAGGUGACCCAACAAACAAGCUGCAAGCAAAUGGUCAGAGUAAAAGAGGUCAUCGGGAAGGAAAAGUCUUCCUUUAAAAAAAAAAAAAAAGGAACCCUCCCCUCCCGCCUCCCCCGACACACUUCUGGAAAGAAAAGCCUUUAAAGCAUGGCCGAUCUGGAGCAAAAAGGAAAUUAGAAGGGCCGAAAAGGAGUUGGAAGAGAAUCUCGCAUGGGAUGUCAAAGCUAAUAGCCAAAGAUACUUCAAAAACACCACAAGCAGGAAGCCAGCUGUGGAACUAGUGGGACCCCUCGAGACUGGUGUGGAAGUUGCAUUCUGGGCUGAAAAUGAAAUAUCCAUAACCUCUCAUCGUCAUCAUGGUCAUCAUCGUCACUGGUAUUUAUUAAGAGGCUGCUGGGUGCAGAGCACUGUAUUGGGCUUUUGGAAGCAGAUAACGCAAGAAGAAAAUAUGGCCCCCGACUUUGUCAAGUUUCCAAUCUAAUGUAGGAGAUUGUCAGACACAAACAGUACACAUAUAAUGGAAAUGAGGGAAAACAUAAAUACCACUGGAAAAACCAAAAGUAAAAACUUGGAGGGGAAACUGAAACUCCUAGCAAGGGUAUAUAACCUAUCUUUACAAAUGGUCACGGCACCUGGACUCGCUGCCGGUCUCACUGCUUCGAGGUAUUCAUCUAAAGCUGAGAUACCUUGAACCCUGAAGCAGCAGAUCUCUGGGGCGGGGGGUGGGGUGGGGGUGGCACACAUUCUGGAUGGACCAGAAAAUCUGGAAGUCAUCCAGAGCAGGAAAAAGCUGGUUUGGUUGGGAAUGGAGUGGGGAGGCCAUCACCAGCUCAGCUGUGCUCCCAACUUCAUUCUGGAGCUGGCUUCAGAGGGGGUUCCAGAAGGUUCUUCACCUCUGUUGGGCCCUGCCACUGACCUUCUAGCUCUUUGGGGAAGCCAGAUAACCUGGCUGAUGGAUGAACCUGGAAGAGGGGGGAACAGAAGAAAAAUUUGGAGUACAGCUCGGGGGGAGCAGGGCCUAAGCAUUUCAGAGUACCUAAAGCUGAGAAGACAAUUUA